AUGAAAUCCGCCUUUGAGAUGACGGUGGUAGAGUUCGGCGCAAUCAAUGUCGUGGUCACCUGUGCAGGAAUCAUGGAGACAAAAGCUUUCUUCGACGUCCCAGCGACAGACAGCCAGACUGACGAGCCACCCGAAGAGCCUCUGGAAACACUCCGAGUGGUCGACGUCAACCUCAAGGGUACAAUCAUAGCCCUGAAAUUGGCAUUUAACUUCAUGAGAUCGAAUGCGCCUGAUCCCUCGACCGGCUCCCGCGGAUCGAUCGUCUUCAUCACCUCGCUUUCUGGAUACUUCGGCGGCACGUCCGUAGUGGGAUACGUAGCCUCAAAGCACGGCGUGGUAGGUCUCCUGCGAUCUGCGCAAAAGACGGCCGAAGUGCUGGGCCUUCCAUUGAACGCCAUUGCGCCCAUCCUCACCCCAAUCCACAUCACUCAAUCAUACACGGAAAAGUGGAUGCAGAGGGGUUUACCAUACUGCACCGCGUGGAAUGUCGCGCUUCCAUCGCACAGGUGGCCCAAAGACACCAGCAAAUAG